AUGGAAGAUAGUAUUAAUCAAGAAGCAACUGCUGAUAACAAUGAUUCUGUGAAUAAUAACAUGCCUGCCGAUACUCCUAUUUCGAAUGAUGCUGCUAAUCCUAAUUCCCGUAGUGCUAACGAUAGUCAAUCACAAGGUUCUUCGAACCUUAGGGGAAAAACAGAUUUAGCUUGGAAAUAUGUUGCUCUACAAACAGUGAAUGGAAAACCACAGUAUCAAUGUUUAUUUUGUCUACAAGUUUUCAAUGGAGGUGGAAUUCACAGGAUGAAGAAACAUCUAGCAAAGAUUACCGGAGACGUGAAAAAAUGUCCUAAAGUUCCAUAUGAUGUGGAAAAACAGAUGGAAAGUUUGUUGAAAGAUAUUCAGGCCAGCAAAAAGAAAAGAAAAGUAAGUUUUGGUGAAGAGGGUGGUGAUGAGGUAGAGGAUGCAAUUGAUGAGGCAAUCCAAGAAGAACAGGAACAGCAGCGUACCUCGAAUCAGCAAGGAGUUGGAGGCGAUCCAAAGAAAAAAGCCAAAGUCAUUCCUCCUAUGUUUGCACCAAGAACAACUCCAGGAGCUCAACCAAGUAUUAAGAGUGUUUUGCAAAACAAAGAGGCGAUACACGAGGUUGAUAAACGAUUUGCUCGGUGGCUUUUGGAUUGUAAAAUUCCAUUUAAUGCUGUGAUGUCGCCAUAUUUCCAAGAUAUGUUGGAUGGUGUUGCUGGUAUUGGACCUGGUUACAAGGGGCCUUCUUAUGAUAAGUUAAGGGUUCAUUUGUUGGCUGAUCUUAAAAGAGAAAGUCAAAUGCUAGUUGAUAGUUAUAGGAGUGCAUGGAAGGAAACUGGAUGUACCCUCAUGGCUGAUGGUUGGACAGAUCAAAGACAAAGGACGUUAAUCAAUUUCUUGGUGUAUUGUUCUAAAGGUUUGUGCUUUGUGAAAUCAGUAGAUGCUUCCAGUAUGGUAAAAAAUGCUUUACAUUUGUGUACUUUGUUUUCUGAGGUGAUUGAAUGGAUUGGCCCAAAUAAUAUUGUGCAUGUUGUGACUGACAAUGCGGCCAAUUAUGUUGCUGCUGGUAGGCUUAUCAAUAGAAAAUAUGAUAAUAUCUAUUGGUCACCAUGUGCUGCUCAUUGCCUUAAUCUUAUUUUAAAAGAUAUAAGCAGCAUGGCGCAUAUUUCUAACCUUGCAACUCGUGCUUCAAAGAUCACAGUAUUUGUGUACAAUCAUACGAUUUUCUUAUCUUGGCUAAGACAAAGACCUCGUUGGAGAGAAAUUGUACGUCCUGGUGCAACCCAGUUUGCAACUGUGUUUAUUACAUUGAAGAGCAUCUUUGACCGUAAAAAGGAGUUGCAACAAUUGGUUGUAGAUUCAAUUUUCACUGAUCACAAAUUAGGAAGGAGUGCUACUGGUAGAGCUGUGAGUGCUAUCAUUCUGGACGCCAAAUUUUGGGACGAUUGCUUUACUGUUAGUAACGAGUACAUUACAAAUUUUCAUAGUACUCGUCAUAACAAUGUUUAA